CUGAUUAGAAAAAAAGCAUUAUCAUCACAAUGGAGUUCAGGAGACUUUUGGUGAGAGUGGCGAUCCUCCUCGCCUUUCUUACUUUAACAAAUGGGAUGUGUCCUAUAUGUCCGGACAAGGUUCAUCCACAAGAGGCAUUUUGUGCUGCAGAUUUUGUGAUCAAAGCAACUGUGGAUGAUUUAACUAACUUCGGGGACGAUCCUCUCACCACUGAUAUCGACCCACAAGACAAAUAUAAAGUGUUCGUCGAGAAAGUGUACAAGGGAAAUGUGACAACGGACUGUUACACUUAUGUGUGGACACUGCGGGGGUCACUGCCGUGUGGCGUGGAACUUACACUGGAAAAGACGUUCCUUAUCAGUGGUGUUAUUGAGGAAGGCGUACUCAUAAUGGACGCGUGUGGCCUCCAUGAACCCUGGGAUGACGUCACCAGUCAUAUGAAAAUUGGUGUCAAUAAGCGGUAUGAGAAGAACUGCCAAUGCGAGAUCGGAGAUGACAGAUGUAAGGUAGACCCAGCCCUUGACAAGUCCUGUUACUGCAAGUACGCCACCUGUGUACAGUUUGCCCAGGCCGGUUGUGCACCCGAGUGUAAAUGGAAGCAAAGUCAAUCCUUCAGUACCUGCAUCACUAAUAGCAUACCUUGAACUGUACCUGCUUAAGAAGAAACAGUUUUGUCUUUGAACAUUUCAAACAAACAGAUGUGAUUGUAAAAAUAAAAUAGUAUUUUAUUGCA